CCUCUCCUCCUCUCCGCUUGGCUCUAACGGAACCAGAACCGGCUCGUGAGGAUGUUCGGGUUCCGGCUCAACAAGUCCCGGCUCCUCUUCCUCCUCUUCCUCCUGUCCCUCGCGCUGUGACGCGCGGCGGCCGGAUGGAGAUCGCCUUGGUGAGCUUUGAGAACGGCGGCGCCAAUGAGAGCCGCCGGAACGCGCUGGACGUCCCUCAGACCGGGUUCGGCCAGUCCGGACCCGGAGAGGAGUUCGGGAAGGAGCUGAACACGCGCGGCGGCGGCGGCGGCGGCCCCCCUCAGACCCGGAGCCCCUGGAGGAUCAACGACAUGAACACCACCCUGAGYUGCAGUGAGAACGCCAUGGAUGCGCUUUUACGCGCGGACCACAGUCCGCACCUGUUCGACGAGGACCUGCUGGACCUGGACCUGGACACGGACAGUACCGAGAGGGUCCUCAUCAACAUAGCCGGGCUGCGCUACGAGACCCAGCUGGGCACCCUGAACCAGUUCCCGGACACCCUGCUGGGAGACCCYGCCAAGCGGAUCAAGUACUUCGACCCGCUCCGGAACGAGUACUUCUUCGACCGGAACCGGCCCAGCUUCGACGGGAUCCUGUACUUCUACCAGUCCGGCGGCAAGAUCCGCAGACCCGUCAACGURUCCAUCGACGUGUUCGCGGACGAGAUCCGGUUCUACCAGCUGGGGGAGGAGGCCAUGGAGCGGUUCCGAGAGGACGAGGGCUUCAUCAAGGAGGAGGAGAAACCUCUGCCCCAGAACCAGUUCCAGAAGCAGGUCUGGCUCAUCUUCGAGUACCCGGAGAGCUCCAGUCCGGCCCGGGGCAUCGCCAUCGUGUCGGUGAUCGUCAUCACCAUCUCCAUCAUCACCUUCUGCCUGGAGACGCUGCCCGAGUUCCGGGACGAGCGCGAGCUUCCGGCCAGCAUCCGGGUGGAGAACGGAACCGAGACCCGGACCUCCCUGACCUUCACAGACCCAUUCUUCAUCAUCGAGACCACCUGCGUCAUCUGGUUCACCUUCGAGCUGCUGGUCCGGUUCUUCGCCUGCCCCAGCAAGUCCGAGUUCUCCAAGACCAUCAUGAACAUCAUCGACAUCAUGUCCAUCAUGCCCUACUUCAUCACGGUCGGAACCGAGCUGGCCGAACAGGGUCAGGAGCACCAGAACGGCCAGCAGGCCAUGAGCCUGGCCAUCCUCAGGGUCAUCCGCCUGGUCCGGGUCUUCAGGAUCUUCAAGCUGUCCCGCCACUCCAAGGGUCUGCAGAUCCUGGGUCAGACCCUGAAGGCCAGCAUGAGGGAGCUGGGUCUGCUCAUCUUCUUCCUCUUCAUCGGAGUCAUCCUCUUCUCCAGCGCGGUCUACUUCGCGGAGGCGGACGAACCCGAGUCGCACUUCUCCAGCAUCCCGGACGCGUUCUGGUGGGCCGUGGUUACCAUGACGACGGUGGGCUACGGGGACAUGAGGCCGGUGACGGUCGGCGGGAAGAUCGUGGGCUCGCUGUGCGCCAUCGCCGGGGUCCUGACCAUCGCGCUGCCGGUUCCGGUCAUCGUGUCCAACUUCAACUACUUCUACCACCGGGAGACGGACCAGGACCAGUCCACCCUGAAGGAGGACCCCAGCGGCGGACCGGAGAGCCCCGAACCCAGGCGCAAGACCAGCAGGUCGUCGGUCAGGUCGCGCGACGCGGAGACCACCGAGGCGGCGACUUCUGAGAAGAACAUCAAAGCGAACAGCGGCGGCGACUUCAAACGCUCCCUGUACGCCUUCUGCCUGGACACGCGCGAGACCGACCUGUAGGUCCGGGACCGGCCUGUGGGUCCGGGACCGGCCUGUAGGUCCGGGACCGGCCUGUAGGUCCGGGACCGGCCUGUGGGUCCGGGACCGGCCUGUGGGUCCGGGACCGACCUGUGGGUCCGGGACCGGCCUGUGGGUCCGGGACCGACCUGUGGGUCCGGGACCGACCUGUGGGUCCGGGACCGGCGGGACCAGCAGAACCUUCAAACCGGUGCAGAACUGCAGCAGAACCAACCGGACCGUCAGGUUCUGCUGCAGAACUUCAGGGACAAUCAGAACUUCUGUAAAUACAUCCAGGUUCUGUUCUUCCUCUGCUUUUUACAGAACCGAACCGAACCGAGCCGGGUUCUUCUUUUCGUGUCUUGUGGAGAAUUUUUAAAUAUUUUUUUUCUUUGUGAAGAAAAUUUUAUUUUUUUGAGAUUUUUUAAACAAACUCAGAGAACUUCCGCCUUGUUUCAGAACCUUUGGACCUGAAGGAGCAGCAGAGAGGAGACAGCGAGCAGAACCUGCAGGACCAGAACCUGCAGGACCAGAACCAGGGGGUCAAACUCUUGGACCAAUCAGAAGCUCGGCAGGGAAUCCACCUGAAAACAAGUCGAACCAUCUUCAGCCUGUUUUUGGAUCUUUGUGCCUUCAACCCUGAGGAUUCUCCUGGUGACGAUGAUGAUGAUGGACAUUCGGCUGGUUUAGAUGUCCUCCUCUUUUCUACAGCUGUCAGUGACCCUCGCUGUGCGAUACUYGUGGAC